AUGCCGUUCUCAUUCUUUCUCAAGCCGCGUUGGAAGCGUGUAACACAUCUCGACAACCACAGCGUCCGCAGAUACACGUAUAAAGCACUGGGAGGGCCGGAGUACAUCAGGCUCAUGAUACUGCACCCGGCCUCGUCUGGAGAUGCGCCUCUGAAAUUUACUUUCCAGCAAGCUAGGCUGUCAGAACUCCAAGGUCGCUACGAAGCCAUAUCAUACACAUGGGGCCAGCCAAACCUGACAUAUCCUCUUUACGUGGGCGAUGGCACACACGUACUAGUCACAGAGAAUCUCGAUCGCGCAUUGCGGUAUCUGCGUCACAGUCACAAAGACCGGGCCCUGUGGGCGGACGCUGCAUGUAUCAAUCAAGCCGAUGAUGUGGAAAAAGGAAGACAGAUUCCUCUCAUGGGACAAAUCUUCCAGAAUGCCAAGACAGUUUUGGCCUGGCUCGACCCGGGUUCAGCAGUCAGUCGUUCACACGACCUAGAGCUGACUCUGAAAAGGAUGGAAAACAUGUUUCGAAACAGAAGGCAGGAUGUCCUUUCUGAGAUGAUGGAACCCGAUGGAAAGGGGGUCACUGCUCUAUUCUGGGAACGUUUCGGGGAGGUGUCUGAAUUGCUACGUCUCCCUUGGUUCACUAGACGUUGGAUCGUACAAGAAGUUGCCUUCAAUUCGGAGGUCCGUCUGAUUUACGGUGAUGUCGAGCUUACCUGGACUCGAUUCGUGGGUGCUAUAUCAAUCCUGUCAACCUUGAACCUGGAGACGGCCAACCCAGAAACAAGAGUCUGGAAUUCACUCCCAAGAUUAGCACGGCUGUGGAGACAUCACGCCCUGUUCGAACGAUUCUCAAUCACGGGUGAGAACUAUCCCGAUACCGAUAUCUUGAAGUUAAUGGAUGACUUUGAUCAGCAUGGAUGUGCGGAUCCUCGCGAUCGGAUUUUUGCCCUGUACAAUAUGGCGUCUAAUAUGCGAUCAUCCACUGCAACUUCGCCUCACGACGACAUUCUCAUGGAUAUCAACUAUUCGUUGGAUCUGAAGCAAACGUAUGAGGCCUUCGCACUCGCUUGCAUGAGGGCUGGAAAGCAGACCACAAUCAUCGAAGCUGUGCUCUCCCGUCAGCACUCCGCUCAGCAACAUAGUUGGGCGUCUUGGGCGCCCGACUGGCGUGUGAGCUGGCUUGAGCCAGUUGUUCUGCCAAAUCCAAUUAGUUUCUUCCAGCCCCCAAAACUUAAGAAUUGGCCCGUGGGUGUCAUUUGUAUAUGGGUCAAUACUUGCAAGUCUCUUCUGCACGUGCAGUAUAGGGCUUGUCCCAUCAUAGCGGAAAAAGCUGUUGGAGAUACGUUGCUCCAGCAAUGUUCAAACCUUUGUACCAAAGUCAACAAGAAAACUGCUGCUGGGGAUCUCAAAUCUUUUUUUGACAUGCUCCAGUGUAUGGUACAACAAUCCCAUCGCACAUCUGACAUGGGAGGAAUGCUGGCACAACAAUUGCAGCGCAUGCGGAGCAAGGUGUAUACUACUGAUCCACAAUGCGACCCAAAGUUUCACUUGAUGAAUCUCGACGCACUUCAAUCGAUGCUAAAUACGAUCAUUGGACAGAGCAAGAAAAUGUUUUUCUUCGAAAUACCCCGCACCAAGCAGCGAUCGGUCGGUUACAGCAAUGCGCACCUUGAGGUUGGGGACCAACUUGUUCCACUUUCCGACCUGCAUGCAGCGAGGAGUGGCUAUACCUUGAAUUUGGGACCUCGGUAUCUCAAGAUGGUACUCAUAGUUCGUUCUGCCGGUACAUUGAACAUGAAACCCAGCCCAGAGAAUAUUUACCGCCUCAUUGGUAGUGGCUAUGUUUACGAUCCACUUGUCAGUACCGGGGCUGAUCUCGAGGUCUCUCUCUUUCAUAGUAAACCACUGUAUUUGGCUUAG